AUGCUGACAAUAAAGCAUGCGCAGGUCAGUCAUGCCAUUUUGUCGAAUGAACUUGAGGAAACGAAUAUUAAACAGUGGAAUCUGGUUCGGCCGGAGGAGAAAGUCAGUAACACGUGACACGCAGUUUGGAAUCAGAAUCCCAGUCAGCCUCAACCGUCUCACCAGAUUCUUUCCCUUGAAUCUGGCCGCGAUCCAGAAGAUAGUAGUUGUGGCAGCCUUCCCAUGACCUGAUUUGUACCUGAAUGAGGCCGCCAUGAUUUUGGGAGUGGCCAACUGGCGGGAUAGUUUAUGUCCUCAGACAGCAUCGGCUCAUUUACGGGAGUUUUAUGGCACAUCCUAGUGUAUGAGGUCUGAUUCGGUUGAAAAUAGGGGGCUAGCAUGCGUCUCGCACGUGACCCGGCCAGCCGCAAACACACACCGCCAUCCUCGGUUGCUCACUUUCUAGAACCUGACAAGAAAUAAUCUUCAUUAUCAUGUGCCUCACGCGUGAGUUACCACUACCACCCUCCACUUCGUGAUCGCCUUCGUACGGAAUAAUGGACAACCCGUUGUGUUUUGAGCAAUUUACUUUCAAUUUCUUGCCUUCCCGAGUGCUCAUUUUCACUAGUGACCUGUUUAUGGGACUUGCUUAUUGUAAUGCCUCCGAUCGGCCCUCAGGUCACAGUAGAACAAUAACGACGAAACUGACCGCUGCAUCAGGCCUGUGUGCCUGCAUUUUACGUAGCCAAAGCCCAUGCUGUUUGCUUGUAUUUAUUAGACUCUGGUGCCCACUUAGUAAGAAAUUAAAUGUUCUGGCAGAUCAUAGCCAAAACUUUUAGAAGCGACGGCUCUAAACCGCAUCGAAAAUCUGUAUCAGCUUCUGCAGAGCCUCGUAGGGAAGUUUCACGACUGAUCAAUUAAACCGGUAAUGGGUAGCACGUGAUAAUGAAUUUGACGCCCUUUGAAUUAGUGCUUGUGUUUUAUCCUGCUGCCACAAGAGGGCCAUAUACUAUGUACCCAUUAGGAUCUGACCUAGUUCAUGUGCCACUGUUUGUCAGUCUUUUCGGGGUUCCGAAGAUAGUUGCACGAGUGGUCACUCCUAGAGGGCUUUGGGGAACCCUUAACUCAGUCAUACUUCGUAUCUCUCAACUUGCCGUGUUCUACUUUCGCAGAGCUUAUUGUGCUACAAAAAAUAACAGCUGGACCACAUUGCAUGCAGCUGAGAAAGUCAAGUCAGGCAAACCUGCGUUUUCGACCCUUUCUCCUCUGACCUGUACAAUAAUAUAAGUAGGUUGCGGUAGAACAUCAAAGUUGAUAACAGCCAAUGGACAGUAGUCAUGGGGGGGGGAGGGUCCAAAGGAGUUCAGGCAUGUCACAACCAGGGGUGAUUCCAGUUUAGUUCGGAGAGUGGGCAGGGGAGAGAAAGGAAAGGGAAUCUGCUUAUGUUUUGUCACUGUAAUGCAAUGUGGUAGGAUGCAGAUUCGAACAUAAAGGGCUUAGCAUGGGCCAGGUGAACUUGAGGGUUUUGGUUGACUCCGUGACCGUAGCAAGUAUCCGCUGUCGCAGGAACUUGAAAUGCUGCGCGGCAGCUAAAAAGCUUGAUUGACGUCCGCGCGGUGGCCGCUGUCAACCAAGUAAGCCACAUUUGCGCUAGGGGUGGACUUUUCCACGCCUUGAUCUAGCCAGGCCGGACGGUGCUCCCACGUCUGCUUGAAUGGACACCUUGUCGUUCAGCGAAUAUAACCUGCCCCACAAGGCAAUUGAAAGUAUAGAUGCAUAUUGAAAAAGUCUGAACGGUCAGCCUAUCCCUACCUUACAGAGGGGGAAGAUGCGGAGUUCUUGGGGAACUUAGUCUUGACGGCUGGGUACGUGCGCACAAUAGCGGGGUUCAAGCGAUGUUGUGGAAGUUCGCUGGUCGGAUUCCCUCGAGACAUCAAUAACUCCUUCGACACGCCAGUUUAUGGCGGACUUGAUCAACUUAUCGGGAAACCUUUUUAUUCCUAAUGUUUCGUUGGAGGCUAAUUCGUUCUCCAGCGUAUCUGGAAUGUAUAUUCUCCUAGCUCGGUUGAUGAGGCAACAGACUAGGGUUCGUUUAUGACUUGGCGGGGCGAAACUGUGGAAAUUUGUGUAUUACCCUGUCCACGGUUUUUUUGUGAAACACACUUCUGCGAAUUGUUUCCUUUAUUGUUAUUGUAUUAGCACCGUCCUCACGGUCUGCAUGUUUGGUCAAGAUCCGAUGUGGGCAAUACGUUGUGGACAGUUACUUCACAGGGAAAGUGUUUUGGCAGACGGUAUGGAUGUACACACCUAUUCCCACCUUGCGUCAGAAAGCGGUUAAAAAGAAGGCUGUUGGAAGUGCUCUCCGCGCAAUUACUUCAAAACGCAAAUUAGUGUUCUGCUUUGUCGUUGUCAAAACAUCCGUCCCAUUAAAACUUUACUCCGUUGGCUUUGUGAAUCGUUCAUCAUUACUGAAUGCCUCCUGCAGGCUGGCCACGUGCUGGCCGAUUUUCUCGUGUCUCUAGGACUAUAAAACAAAGCUAUGCAGCAGAAUUUAUUGGCGCCACCCUUAUCCGCUGUUUAGACCACAUUCGAAUAAACGAUACAGUCGCCUAAUAUGUAGUAGAGGAACAAGAAAAGGACGUGGGUAUAAAAAUUGAAUAGAACAAUUUUAUGUUGCUGCUAUUUUCUUGUUUUUCAAUCUUGCCUUACAUUACUUUUUAUUUGCGGAGGGGGCAUCUACAGUGAUGUGUGCACAUGAAUAUAGCGUUGGUUAAUUUUUCAUUAAUCCAGAUAAUCCUCAUUCUGGCCACCAUCUGAGACCUAAAACACGAGCACACUCAUACGCACACACGACAGUUCGACCUUCGAUUUCAUCUAUGUCCACCGUGUGCUCCACAGCAAGGGGAAAGCAGGGAUGGUGGCUUGUGCCCAAAUUAGUUUAUAGUGGCAGCGGACUUGCGCAGCAUCUACCACACUCUCUCCUCCUCCUCCUCCUCCACCUGGGCCUGGUAUCAUAACAGAGACCGAAGGUGGCUGAUACGGCGAAAACCUGCACCUAGCCCUGCUACCACCGCCUGGUCCACAACAAUCACUUGACCAGGAUUUAUAAAAAAAAACAACAAAUAUAGGGCGGCUCGGGUCCCUGUUGACGCAGAGUGAGCCUCCAACGGGACCUACCACUACAUCCUGAAUGUUGGCAUUUGUUAUGGGUGCACAAUCCCCAUAACGUCUACCGGACUCCGACCUAGCCCCUGCGUUGAUCCAUUGCAUCAACCGCUUGAUCCGUUUUAGGGGCAAAACUCGCACUCACACACAACGCAGAUGAUCUACAGCACUACAUAUAACCUAAUUGCAUCAGUGUCUCGUCAACUGGAAUUCUCUGUCGUUGCAGACCGGGUAUUUGGACAAUACGCGUGGACAAUGACCUUGCCAAUUUCAUAUUGACUUUCUGUACGGAUUCAAACUGCCGUUUAUUUUUCAUUUGCUCUUUAUGCUUUGAGGGAACAAGAGGCAUCUGAGAAGUGGUCACGGAAUUUGUUGGCACCAAUAUAUAUAUAUAUAUUGAUAUGGGUAAAGAUUCGAGGUCCAGAUAUUGUAUCCCGUUCAUCAUCCCCCGAAGAAGACGAAGAAGAAGAUGGGGCGAAUUCAUGGACCGAGUUAUAUUUGUACUGACGUUUCGGAAACCCUCUCGUUUCCAUCAUCAGAGUAAUGCGUUGACUGUUCCUGCUGGUCUUGAUUGCGUCAGCCUUGAUACCUGCCUGGUAUUAUAUCCGUGCGCGAGGCAGGUAUCAAGGCUGACGCAAUCAAGACCAGCAGGAACAGUCAGCGCAUUACUCUGAUGAUGGAAACGAGGGGGUUUCCGAAACGUCAGUACAAAUAUAACUCGGUCCAUGAAUUCGCCCCAUCUUCUUCUUCGUCUUCUUCGGGGGAUGAUGAACGGGAUAUAUAUAUAUAUAUAUAUAUAUAUUAUGACAGAUGGGCGCUCAGCGAUCAGGUUACAGAACAUGCUCGUUCUGUUGUGCCUUGGGGCUCAUACUUAAACCCUCGCAGGCAGUCGCACAGCGACUAGUGAUAUAUGUUGAUAAGGUGAUACCGACAAAGAUAAGGGAGACCGGAAUGGCCAUUUCUGGCUUAUUAGCCGUCAUCAGCCAGUCAUACCCAACCCCAAGUGUGGAUCACUUGAGAUUCGAACCCGGGAUCUCUGGUCAUGGAGUGUGACGCUCUACCAUUGAGCCACGGGCCCGUUGUCCUGUCGGUUGUGAUCGGGAAUAUCAAUUAUGACAGAUGGGCGCUCACCGAUCAGGUAAUAUGCACUGUAACAGUCUGGGAGUGGAGGCAAAUCUUGCUACCGUUCAUUUUCAUAGGAGCUAUCGGCAGUUUGUUUUGAAUUGCAAGCACACCAGCCUCUUUUUUCUGUCCAGAACUGCGCUUGCUGUCGGUUAGGUGUGCAUAUCUUCUUGACCCAUCUCUAUUUUUGUGGUUCUGUCUCAGUUAUUUCUAAAUCCAUUAUAUUGCCGACAUUUGUUUGUCAUCGGGAAUAUGGAAGUGUGCUCGACAACAAUUUGCCGGUCGUCUUCAUCUCUUUUUGAACAUAUUUAGUCAGUUAUUGUCUCUCUCUCUCGCUCACCAUCCCUCUUUCGUACUGCAUGCUCGCUCUUGAUGUUCACCCCACCUGCCUGCAGGGUGAUCUGCACAUUGUUGAAGACCUGAGUCUUUCGGAGGAACUGGAGGAGGCGUCACGUUCAGUCUAUGAGCUAGCCAACAACCGUGCUCUCCGACGACUUCGUCUGGAGGCAGCUGAGUCGUCUCCAGAGGCAACAAAUACUACUGCCACCAGUAGGGAUCUUCUGGCCCGGUUGGCCCUCAGUGAGGCCGAAUUAUUGGCCUCUUCGCGUCCACUUGAACAGAGCGAUCUCCACGCGGCCAUGGAGCGAGAGAAUGAGGAGACCGAGGAGCUGCUUGAUCUCAUCAAAGGCGGGAAGGCCGCGGAAGCUGCAAAGGUGGCCUAUGAGGCGGCUGAAUACCUGCGCAGGCUUGUUGACUCCCGCGAGUGGGGCCCCGCGGUACUGUUUAUUACAGAGUGAGUCCCCUGGGAUCCUUCACCGGCCAAAUUCUGAAUUUUUAUACUCGCUGAUGAUAGUUGGUGGAUUUACAACCGCCAGGGCUUCUGGCCAGGCGGCUUUCAAGGCUGCCAAGGCAUUUUCCUGAACUUUCGGCCGCUACGGAGCUGUCUAUCACCUGCUCAAAGUGAUUGCUGACUGGAACUCUAAAUGGUGGGCCACCUGGCCUUGCUAGGCGCUCCAACAGUGUCUGUACAGUGAAGACAAAUUUAUCGCUGAAUCGGGGCUGGUCCUCUGUCCAUGUCUUUAACUUGGGAAAAAUGCAGGUCGAGUACGUGUGUGUGUGUGUGUGUGUGUGCAGACGAGUACCGACGGAGACAAGGGAGACCAGGGGGAGGGGGUCAUUUCUGGCUAGCCAACCACAGGUCCAAGUGACCUCGGCACAUAUUGCUCGUCGUUAUGCGGCUGUCUGCGACGACUGUAGGCACAACGGGACGAACAUGUCUCGUGAUAUGAUCGGCAAACGCCCUGCCUUUUAUAGUGAAUAUUUGCGAUCACAACCAAUAGGAAAGCGGACUCGUCACUCAGGGGUUGGGCGUUAGUAUACUUGACGCUCACUGACCAAAGAACCUGUGUUCGAAUCACAGGUCAUGCAGAUUCAGGGCUGAGUUUAACGGACUGACGACGUCAAAAGAGGCAGAAAUGGUCAUCCAGUUCUCUCCUGUCCUUGUCUGCGCUUCUUCUAAUUUUAUUGGUCGCUUUUCGACUGCCUGCGAGGGCCCUUGUUUUGACUCCAAGGUGCAAGGGGACGAGCACGAUUUGUAACUUGAUUGGCUAACGCCCCGUCCCGUCCCGCCCCCUUUCUCUCCACCGUCAUCCACUGGUGCUUGUACUUAGUUGUACUUGCUACGGCUGCGAUCAUGCCUCCUGAUCUAGCCGGCCUCGAUGAUGUCCACGCGUGACGAUCCGCGGCAGUAGAUCUAGACAGCUCAACCCAUUCUCUUGCCAACAGCAUAUACUGCCCCUUAUUCUGUAAUUUUCAUAUAACUGCCUGCUCAAAAUUGACUGGUUGAAGUCUCGCGGCAGGAUAUGUCAAGCUCAGCUAAGUGACAUUGAUAGUAAUUGGAAUUCAGUUCUCAGGGAGAUAUCGGAAAAUGAGACGUUUUUUUUUCAGAAGAGUUAUGUUGAAUACCUGAAGUUUCGAAUAUCCCUGUCGGUCAUCAAUCUUCAGAAACUGAUAUAUAAUCGAUUCAGAUAAUAUUAUAAGGCAAAGCGAUUACACAUUCCAUCGGACAUGAGAGUGUGGAAGGGUUACAUACCCUGCUGGGUCGCAGGUAGCGUCGGCUGUGGGGAGCCUUUCCCCACACAGGAUUUGGUUCAUCAAAGUUAACGCUACGGAAACAGCUUCGAAGGCAUCGUUUCCUACAAAGUUUUUGCAAGGUGUGAGUGUAACAUCAUUGCUAGAUAACCCCUCCCCCUCCCCCACCCCAAGAACGACUGACCCUGUCACAUAAGACCCAAACAGAGUUCAGCGAAGUGUAACACACAUGAAGCAGACACGCUCUCCCCCUCUUCUUCAUCCUUCAUCAAUAUGGUGUGUGGUUUUUGUACAUAUCAGUUGUCUCCUCUCUUCUUCACAUAGAGGGGAGGCUUUUCUCGGAAAGCAACCGGAUGAUGCAAGCCCCCCUUCAACAGCCAACCUGGCGAUAGCCCUCGCCUGCGCGAGCUACGCACAGUAUAUCGACUCCGAGGUCGCCCCCGAGGCCGCUGUACACAGCCCUCCAGUCGGCAGCAUGGCGGCCGCCCCCCGGGCCCUUCAUCCGGGUCGUGGGUUGACGCUGAUGCCUCUGCACGGUCUAAACGUCUGGUCUAUGGUGCACCACGACACUCUGGUGCUUACACGACGCAGCCUGGAUCUCUUGGAGGCGCGUCUGCUCGACGCACAGCGAAAAGUGAAUGGCCAACUGCAUCAACAGCAGGCACUUCGGGGAGAUUAUGACGGUCCCCCACUUGCUGACGAUUGGUUGAUAGAUGAGCAGGGUUAUGGACUUGGUCUAGAUGACGUGGAUCCAGAACCGCGGAGAAAUCGCCAUUUCUCAGAACGUCUAAAGGACCUGGACCUCCUGCGCAAACGCCUCUCUUGA